AUGGAGGGGCUCAGUCAUGACUCCAAGUUCACUCACAGGUUCAGUCCAAAGACGCCAAUGGUAAAUGGUUAAUUCAUUUAAGUUAAUUAAAAUGUUUAAUUAAAAUGAUAACUUUUUGUUCUGUCUUUAAAGGUUUACAACCUAAUUUACUGGCUAAUUUACUGGACAGACCAAUCAACUGUAAGCAAACUAAAAAUAAAAAAGAUUGAGUCAGAAAUUUGAGUUGUCCCUGUGUCCUUUGGAUGGUGAACAAGUGGAGGACUUGACAUCGAUGUUACAUUGAGCUGGGUAAAUGGAAUAUGAAUGACAGUCAUCCAAUAUGCUGUCAUUUCUUUAUCCUCCCUCAUCUUAAACAGCACCAAACGCCACUGAUGCACACGUGUUGUUCAAGCAGUGCAUGAACAACACUAUGAGCAGGAAAGACUUCAUCAUGAGUCUGGCACACAGGCUACGUAAAAGACAUACGAGGACCAAGACAGCAGUAGCAGCAGCAAAGAUUCCACGUGAGCCAUUGCACGAGCCAAAUUGCGCACAGCUCCUGGGGAGGACAAACUGUAAGGUGGGCAGAUGUACACCGAACAGAACCCACUACACCUGUUUCAGCUACACGCGACUUGUUUGUGGGAAGUGUUGCAAUCAAGUGAAAGUGACGAAGAUUUGUGGGGACUGUUAUGACAAGGGAUAACAGCUAAAUGAGAUCCAACUGUUGCGUGAAGACGCACACCAUACUGUAAGCACGAGCGAGGCCACAAAUAAUGUGUCCAAUAACUGACAAUAAUAUACUAUUUGUGACUGCUGUCAUAUUGACAUUGAUAUUAAUUAUAAUGCCAUUUGAUUUUGUGCUGAUUUUCACUAUUCACAAGCACUCUUGGUGCUUAUACUGAUGUUUAAGCUACUGAUAUUUUUGUAUAUUUUCUUCAUUGACUGCGUGUCUUGCGGUUUGGGUGUUUUGUUUUCGUUAUAAAAAUAAGCGGUUACUUUGUUUCAACACACAUGCUUUUUGUUUCAUAGUUGUAAGACCGUCAUAAACAUAACCAAAUGGCAUUGGCACAAAGGGGGGUCCAACGAGGACAGGCUUUUCUAGUUAAAUGGAUUUAUUAGACUGGUGGCUAUUGGUAAAUAUGUAUACAGCCAUUUUGACCGUGAUGGCGCUUUGAGAAUUAAAUGCUUAGAAAGUUUUUGUCUUUUAUGAUAUUUAUCAGAAAGUACUGCUAGUGUAAAACACACAUAUUUAAGAAAAGUCAGGGACAGGUGGGUUCAAGGUUUUUAUUGAAAUGAAGUUAUUGAAAUUACAAAUGUAAAACGGUUAACAUCUUUUUUCGCAGUCACCUUCAUAUAUGCACCAGCUACAAUAGCCAUUAUGUUAAUAAGGAUACAACAUAUGGAAUUCUGGUAAUCAUAAUAGUAGAACAUAUUGGAUCAUCUUGUAUCAAUAUCACCAUAUUCAUCUGUGUUUUUAGUAGACAUGAUUGUUCUGUUUAUCUUAUUCUAAUCAAAUCAAAUGUUUUUGGUCACAUACGCCGAAUACAACAGGUGUAGACUUUACAGUGAAAUUCUUACUUAUGAGCCCAUUCCCAAAAAUGCAGAGAUAAAAGUAAGACAAAUAUUUGCUGAAGAACAAAGGAAAUAGUAACACAAUAAAAAAAAAUAACGAGGCUAUUGUUUUUUGCCUUCAGAAAGUAUUCAUACCCCUUGACUUAUUCCACACCUGGAUUGUGCAACAUUUGCCCAUUAUUCUUUUCAAAAUUAUUAAAGCUGUGUCAAAUUGGUUGUUGAUCAUUGCUAGACAACCACUUUCAGGUCUUGCCAUAGAUUUUCAAGUAGAUUUAAGUAAAAACUGUAACUCGGCGACUCAGGAACAUUCACUGUCUUCUUGGUAAGCAACUCCAGUGUAGAUUUGGCCUUGUGUUUUAGGUUAUUGUCCAGCUGAAAGGGGAAAUGAUCUCCCAGUGUCUGGUGGACAGCAGACUGAACCAGAUUGUCCUCUAGGAUUUUGCCUGUGCUUAGCUCCAUUCUGUUUCUUUUUUAUCCUGGAAAAACUCCCCAGUCCUUAACAAUUAUAAGCAUACCCAUAACAUGAUGCAGCCACCACUACAUAAACCUUUGUAUUCAGAACAAAAAGUGAAUUGCUUUGCCACAUUAUUUGCAGUAUUACUUGUUGCCUUGUUGCAAACAGGAUGCAUGUUUUGGACUAUUUUUAUUUUGUACAGGCUUCCUUAUUUUCAUUCUGUCAAUUAGGUUAGUAUUGUGGAGUAACUACAGUGUUGUUGAUCCAUCAACAGUUUUCUCCUAUCACAGCCAUUAAACUCUGUAACUGUUUUAAAGUCACCAUUGGCCUCAUGGUGAAAUCCCUGAGUGGUUUCCUUCCUCUCCGGCAACUUAGUUAGGAAGGACGCCUGUAUCUUUGUAGUGACUGGGCAUAUUGAUACAACAUCCAACGUGUAAUUCAUAACUUUACCAUGCUCAAAGGGAUAUUCAAUGUCAACUUUUUUUUUUUUUACCCAUCUACCAAUAGGUGCCCUUCUUUCCGAGGCGCUGGCAAACCUCUCUGGUCUUUGUGGUUGGAUCUGUGUUUGAAAUUCACUGCUCGGCUGAGGGACCUUACAGAUAAUUGUAUGUGUGGGGUACAGAGAUGAGGUAGUCAUUCACAAUCAUGUUAAAUACUAUUAUUGCACACAGAUUGAGUCCAUGCAACUUGUUAUGUGACUUGUUAAGCACAUAUUUACUCCUGAACGUAUUUACGCUUGCCAUAACAAAAGGGUUGAAUACUUAUUGACUCAAGACAUUUCAGCUUUUCAUUUUUAAUUCAUGUGUAAAAAAACAACAUGAUUCCACUUUGACAUUAUGGGGUACAAAUCUCAAUUUAAUCCAUUUUAAAUUCAGGUUGUAACACAACAACAUUUGGAAAUAUCAAGGGGAGUGAAUACUUUAUAAUAUAAUAAUAUGCCAUUUAUCAGACGCUUUUAUCCAAAGCGACUUACAGUCAUGCGUGCAUACAUUUUUGUGUAUGGGUGGUCCCGGGGAUCGAACCCACUACCUUGGCAUUACAAGCGCCGUGCUCUACUAGCUGAGCUACAGAAGGCACUGUACAAGGAGUACCCAGUACAGAGUCAAUGUGCAGGGGCACGAGGUAGUUGGGAUAAUUGAGGUAGUACAGUACAUGUGGGUAGGGGUAAAAGUGACUAGGCAAUCAGCAUAUAUAAUAAACAGAGUAGCAGCAGCUUAUGUGAAGUGUGAAAGUGUGUCUAUGUGUGAGUGUAUGUGUGUGGCGUCAAUAUUCAGGUGUGUGUGUGUUGGAGUGUCAGUGUAGUAUAUGUGAGUGUGUGGGUAGAGUCUAGUGAGUGUGCAUAGAGCCAGUGCAAGGGAGUCAGUGGAAAACAAUUAAAACAAAUAAUAAAGGGGGUCAAUGUAAAUUGUUCGGGUAGCGUUUCGAUUAACUGUUCAGCAGUCUUAUGGCUUGGGGGUAGAAGCUGUUCAGGUACCUUUUGGUCCGAGACUUGGCGCGCCGGUACCGCUUGCCGUAGCAGAGUGAACAGUCUAAAUCUUGGGUGGCUGGAGUCUUUAACAAUUUUUAGGGGCCUUACUCUGACCGCCUGGUAUAAAGGUCCUGAAUGCAGGGAGUUCGGCCCCAGUGAUGUAUUGGGCCGUAGGCACUACCCUCUGUAGCGCCUUGCUGUUGGAUACCGAGCAGUUGCCAUACCAAGUGGUGAUGCAGCCAGUCAAGAUGCUCUCAAUGGUGCAGCUGUAUAACUUUUUGAGGAUCUGAGGGCCCAUGCCAAAUCUUUUCAGCCUCCUGAGGGGGAAGAGGCGUUGUCGUGCUCUCUUACAUUUACAUUUACAUCAUUUAGCAGACACUCUUAUCCAGAGCGACUUACACAUUGGUGCAUUCAACUUAUGAUAGCCAGUGGAACAACCACCUUCUUUUUUUUAUAUGGAGGGUGGGGGAAGAAGGAUUACUUUAUACUAUUCCAGGUAUUCCUUAAAGAGGUAGGGUUUCAAGUGUCUCCAGAAGGUGGUCAGUGACUCCGCUGUCCUGGCGUCGUGGGGGAGCUUGUUCCACCAUUGGGGUGCCAGAGCAGCGAAUAACUUUGACUGGGCUGAGUGGGAACUGUGCUUCCGUAGAGGUAGGGGAGCUAGCAGGCCAGAGGUGGAUGAACGUAGUGCCCUCAUUUGGGUGUAGGGUCUGGUCAGAGCCUGAAGGUAAGGAGGUGCCGUUCCCCUCACAGCUCUGUAGGCAAGCACCAUGGUCUUGUAGUACAUGCGAGCCUCAACUGGAAGCCAGUGGAGUGUGCGGAGGAGCGGGGUGACAUGAGAGAACUUGGGAAGGUUGAACACCAGACAGGCUGCAGCGUUCUGGUUAAGUUGUAGGGGUUUAAUAACACAGGCAGGGAGCCCAGCCAACAGUGAGUUUCAGUAAUCCAGACGGGAGAUGACAAGUGCCUGGAUUAGGACCUGUGCCGCUUUCUGUGUAAGGUAGGGUCGUACUCUAAGAAUGUUGUAGAGCAUGAACCUGUAGGAUCGGGUCACCGCUUUGAUGUUAGCGGAGAACGACAGGGUGUUGUCCAGGGUCACGCCAAGGUUCUUUGCACUCUGGGAGGAGGACACAAUGGAGUUGUCAACCGUGAUGGCGAGAUCAUGGAGCGGGCAGUCCUUCCCCGGGAGGAAGAGCAGCUCCGUCUUGCCGAGGUUCAGCUUGAGGUGGUGAUCCAACAUCCACAAUGAUAUUUCUGCCAGACAUGCAGAGAUGCGAUUCGCCACCUGGUUAUCAGAAAGGGGAAUGGAGAAAAUGAAUUGUGUGUCGUCUGUGUAGCAAUGAUAGGAGAGACCAUGUGAGGAUAUGACAGAGCCAAGUGACUUGGUGUAUGGAGAGAAUAGGAGAGGACCUAGAACUGAGCCCUGGGGGACACCAGUGGUGAGAGCAUGUGGUGCGGAGACAGAUUCUCGCCACGCCACCUGGUAGGAGCGACCUGUCAGGUAGGAUGCAAUCCAAGAGUGAGCAGCGCCGGAGAUGUCCAACUCGAAGAGGGUGGAGAGGAGGAUCUGAUGGUUCACAGUAUCGAAGGCAGCAGAUAGGUCUAGAAGGAUAAGAGCAGAGGAGAGAGAGUUAGCUUUAGCAGUGUGGAGAGCCUCCGUGACACAGAGACGAGCAGUCUCAGUUGAAUGACCAGUCUUGAAACCUGACUGGUUUGGAUCAAGAAGGUCAUUCUGAGAUAGAUAGCAGGAGAGUUGGCUAGAGACGGCACGCUCAAGAGUUUUGGAGAGAAAAGAAAGAAGGGAUACUGGUCUGUAGUUGUUGACAUCGGAGGGAUCCAGUGUAGAUUUUUGAGGAGGGGUGCAACUCUCGCUCUCUUGAAGACGGAAGGGACAUGGCCAGCGGUCAAGGAUGAGUUGAUGAGCGAGGUGAGGUAAGGGAGAAGGUCUCCGGAAAUGGUCUGGAGAAGAGAGGAGGGGAUAGGGUCAAGCGGGCAGGUUGUUGGGCGGCCGGCCGUCACAAGUCGCAAGAUUUCUUCUGGAGAGAGAGGGGAGAAAGAAGUCAAAGCAUAGGGUAGGGCAGUGUGAGCAGGACCAGCGGUGUCAUUUGACUUAAUAAAUGAGGAUCAGAUGUCGUCAACCUUCUUUUCAAAAUGGUUGACGAAGUCAUCCACAGAGAGGGAGGAGGGAGGAGGAGGAGGAUUCAGCAGGGAGGAGAAGGUGGCAAAGAGCUUCCUAGGAUAAGAGGCAGAGGCUUGACAUUUAGAGUGGUAGAAAGUGGCUUUAGCAGCGGAAACAAAGGAAGAGAAUGUAGAGAGGAGGGAGUGAAAAGAUGACAGGUCCGCAGGGAGUCUAGUUUUUCUCCAUUUCCGCUCGGCUACCCGGAGCCCUCUUCUGCGAGCUUGCAAUGAGUCGUCAAGCCACGGAGCAGGAGGGGAGGACCGAGCCGGCCGGGAGGAUAGGGGACAUAGAGAGUCAAAAGAUGCAGAAAGGGAGGAGAGGAGGGUUGAGGAGGCAGAAUCAGGAGAUUGGAGGGAGAAGGAUUUAGCAGAGGGAAGAGAUGAUAGGAUGGAAGAGGAGAGAGUAGUGGGAGAGAGAGAGCGAAGGUUGCGACGGCACAUUACCAUCUGAGUAGGGGCAGAGUGAGUAGUGUUGGAGGAGAGUGAGAGAGAAAAGGAUACAAAGUAGUGGUCAGAGACUUGGAUGGUAGUUGCAGUGAGAUUAGUAGAAGAACAGCAUCUAGUAAAGAUGAGGUCAAGCGUAUUGCCUGCCUUGUGAGUAGGGGGGUACGGUGAGAGGGUGAGGUCAAAAGAGGAAAGGAGUGGAAAGAAGGAGGCAGAGAGAAAUGAGUCAAAGGCAGAUGUAGGGAGGUUAAAGUCACCCAGAACUGUGAGGGGUGAGCCAUCCUCCGGAAAGGAACUUAUCAAGGCGUCAAGCUCAUUGAUGAACUCUCCAAGGGAACCUGGAGGGCGAUAAAUGACAAGGAUGUUAACUUGAAUGGGCUAGUGACUGUGACAGCAUGGAAUUCAAAUGAGGAGAUAGACAGAUGGGUCAGGGGAAAAAGACAGAAUGUCCACUUGGGAGAGAUGAGGAUUCCUGUGCCACCGCCGCGCUGACCAGAUGCUUUCGGGGUAUGCUAGAAACAUGGUCAGACAAGGAAAGAGCAGUAGGAGUAGCAGUGUUUUCUGUGGUAAUCCAUGUUUCCGUCAGCGCCAAGAAGUCGGGGGACUGGAGGGUAGCAUAGGCUGAGAUUAACUCUGCCUUGUUGGCCGCAGAACGGCAGUUCCAGAGGCUGCCGGAGACCUGGAACUCCACGUGGGUCGUGCGUGCAGGGACCACCAGAUUAGAGUGGCAGCAGCCACGCGGUGUGAAGCGUUUGUAUGGCCUGUGUAGAGAGGAGAGAACAGGGAUAGACAGACACAUAGUUGACAGGCUACAGAAAAAGCUACAAUAAUGCAAAGGUGAUCAGAAUGAAAUGAACUAAACAUCUGGGAAAGCGAGAGAGCGGGGCCUCCCUCACUUACAUUUCACUGAAACACUCAAAUAUAACUCUCCCAACUUCCACUUUAGAAAUUAUAAUUGUUGUAAACUACAGCGGUUCAAUGUUUUCUAACUUAGUUUAUUCAGCUAGCUAACUUGGUACAGUAUUCUUCCGUGAAAACCGUCCAGGGCACCGAAUCCUAUGACGCCAUAGCCAACUAGCAUGCCAGCCUCCAAUAACACGGUUUAGCACCAAUAAUCGGUUACAACAAACCACCAGUGUGUUAACACGCCAAACAGAUCAUUCGUGUCCGUGUCUAACGUUGUGUAAAGUUUUGGGUUAGUUUUGACUGUGUUAGUGUGUUUGGACCAUAAUAGGUCCUUAGUGAUGUGGACACCAAAGAACUUGAAGCUCUUGACCCACUCCGCUAGAGCCCCGUCGAUGUGAAUGGGGGCGUGUUCGGCCCUCUGGUUCCUGUAGUCCACAAUAAGCUCCUUUGUCUUGCCCACAUUGAGGGAGGGGUUGUUGUCUUGGCACCACACUGCCAGGUCUCUGACUUCCUCCCUAUAGGCUGUCGCAUCGCCGUCUGUGAUCAGGCCUACCACAGUCGCGUCGUCGGCAAACUUAAUGAUGGUGUUGGAGUCGUGCGCUGUCACGCAGUCGUGGGUGAACAGGGAGUACAGGAGGGACUGAGCACGCACACCUGAGGGGCCCCCGUGUUGAGGGUCAGCAUGGCGGAUGUGUUGUUGCCUACCCUCACCACCUGGGGGCGUCCCGUCAGGAAGUCCAGGAUCCAGUUGCAGAGGGAGGUGUUCAGUCCCAGGGUCCUUAGCUUAGUGAUGAGCUUGGAUAGCUCAAUGGUGUUGAAUGCUGAGCUGUAAUCAAUGAACAGCAUUCUCACGUAGGUGUUCCUUUUGUCCAAAUGGGAAAGGGCAGUGUGGAGUGCAAUAGAGAUUGCGUUAUCUAUGGAUCUGUUGGGGCGGUAUGCAAAUUGGAGUGGGUCCAGGAUUUCUGGGAUGAUGGUGUUGAUGUGAGCCAUAACCAGCCUUUCAAAGCAUUUCAUGGCUACAGAUGUGAGUGCUAUGGGGCGGUAGUCAUUUAGAUAGGUUAUCUUGGCGUUCUUAGGCACAGGGACUAUGGUGGUUUGCUUGAAACCUGUAGAUAUUACAGACUGGAUCAGAGAGAGGUUGAAAAUGUCAGUGAAGUCUCUUGCCAGGUGUUCAGCGCAUGAGGGAUUUCUUAUAAUUGUCCGGAUUAGUGUCCUGCUCCUUGAAAGCGACAGCUCUAGCAUUUAGCUCAGUGUGGAUGUUGCCUGUAAUCCAUGGCUUCUGGAGUAAUGGUUAUGGUCCAGUUCAUACAUUUACCAGCAACAUUAGCUGUGUGCCAUUAUGUUCAUAAUGAUACAACAUAUGGAAUGCUGGAAAUCAUAAUAAUAGAACAUAUAGGAUCAUCUUGUAUCAAUAUCACCAUAUUGAUCUGUGUGUUUAGUAGACAUGAUUGUUCUUUUUUUCUCAUUACUGUGAUGUUGCCGUUUCAUAUUAUUGAUAUUGUAUCUGAGCUGGUAAUACAGUAUCAGGCCCCCUAGACACACACACAGCAAUCUCCUUUAUAACCUGUUUACCUUGUCGGAAUGAUUACCUUGAAUACAUUAUUGCCUUGUCGUGAUCAUCAUUACAGCUUAAUUGGCUUUAGAGUCUCCUGUCAUCUGUAGAAAACAUCAAUGAACAAAUUAAAAACAUGUUAGGUUUUCUGAUUGAACAAAUCCAGCGAGUUAGAGAAGGAGAGAUGAAGCUUGGGGAAAAUAAUAGUUUGACCAUUUUAAUGAACUUUUCAAUUUUCAGUUGUCGAGAGGAUCCUUUUAAAAAUGCUCCCAUUCCCAAUUUCUCUCUCUCAUUCUCUCUCUCUCCAUCCCUCCUCCCCUAUCUCCUGUGAGGAUGAUCUUCCUUCCCUUUCUCCUCUUCUCCCUCCCUCCCUCCCUGGAGUGGUACUAUAGAAUAAAGCUAUUUGAUCAAAUGCACACAAGCAAUUGGGUACAAACACUCCCCUCCCCUAACACACACUGCUGAUUGUUGUUCUCUCCUGUUGGCUAGUAUACACCUGUGGUAUUGAAACCAACUUCCUUGUCUAAGAGAGAACAGAAAUGUCAGCUGUCAGGAAACCACAGUAGAGAUGUUGUUUACUGGAGAUGUUAGUAUGAUUGUGGUUUGAUAUGGAAGAUGGAUGCUUUGGUUUGGAUGACACGCUGUGUUGGUAUUCUCAAUCCAGAUUGUCAUUCUCUUUCUUGUGCCUCGUGAGAAGAACUUGUCUGAAGUCACAAAACAUACUUUUGAUGAGUCUAAUAGUCAGUAGUUUACUAUCAAUGUGUUUGUGUUUUUGUGUGAGUCAACAUAUCAACACACACACACCACACAUAAAUACACACAAAAUGAAAUAAAAACGAAAAUGUUCCCUCUUUAAAGCUGAGCAGUCAUAAACAGGCUGGUUCCCAUGGCUAUUAGACCUGUCAAGGCAACACGGGACAUCGUAUAUAAAACUGUGAAGUUAAGAUAUUAAAGUGCAUUAAAGCAUUUACUCAUAUGAUUUUGAAUUCAUUAAUACAAAUUAUGGCGUGAGAUGUGGAGUGAAAUAGCUCAGUGGAUUCUGUUGAUGAUGUCUGGGCCGUGUUACAUGAUAGCAUAAUUCAUACACAACACAUUGCUGUAUAGAUGUUGGAUGGCUGUGGAAGUUAGCAACUGUAUUUUCAAGUGAUAUAAUAGCCUCUGUCUUUUAAUGGUAGAAGAGUUGGUUUGGCUAUCUAUAGCUGAACUUCAAUUCCAUAUCACUGCACUUUGGCUACAAUUGACCAUUAGGCACAGAUCAAGGAUCAGUUUCCUUGUCAAAUCAUAACCAUUACCAUUAGAGGGAUAAAUGCAACCUUAGACCAGUGUCUAGAGGGUUUCUCUACUCCUAUCAGCACAUCACUAUGAGACAGAUACCCAUACACAAUCACUUCUCUCUCCUUGCCCAGCUCAAUACACACUCAACUAGCCUCGCUUUUUACCCUGUUGCCUUUAGCCAUUUACCCUGGGAUGUGCACUCGACCACAGGAACAGAUAUUGGAUGGAAAGACUUGUUAUUCCAGACCGUGUGUGUGUAUGCAGCAUACUGCAUAGAAGUGUAACAUUGGAUACGAUGUGGGGAGAAAAGCCUUCAGGCUAUUCAGUAUUCAAUCUCCUCCUGCCAUACAACGUCGUAAAUUACAUAAUUAUAUUUGAGGUGUAUAAUCUUGUUUCUUUGAAUUGCUGCAUAACUUCAUCCUAUUAUCCCCCCACGUCGCUCAUUACCCAGCCACAGUGAUUCUAUAUGAAUUGAAAAAGCCACACAAUGACACAUUCACCUCAGCCUUGGCCUUAUGCAUAAUGGUGAGCUGAGUAGGUGAGUUGUCUUUAGGGGGGUUGAGGUAUUCCAGCGUUUUCAGGGGCAGUUCCGACACCGCUGAGGUAACCGGCCAGAUCAGCAGAGCUGCAAAGUGCUGCUUCACAUUCUUUGCUCUACCUUUUUUGCCGUCGGCACUUGAUCCAACGCCCCCCUCCUCCUUUCCCUCGUUCUCUCUCCCUGACACUCUCUCUAUCCCCUUUCAAAUCAUAGAUUUUUCAGAGGUUCUAUAGAAUAUUUAUGAUGUGUGAGCAGAGUUCUUUCUCAGGGGGGGGGGGGGGGGAUAUUUUUGAAGGCUAGUGGUAAAAGGGAAGGGAGAGAGGGAAUAGAGGGAGUAAGAGAGAGAGGGAGAGAGCAGUCGAGAGAGAGAAAAAAGAAAGCACGAGAUAAGAGCUAUGGAAGCUCUCGUAGAAUCGUGCCUGCAAUACCAACGGUUCACUUUGAAACUACUGAAUAUAAAUAAAUAAACACAUCCACUGAUCGUUAUUCACUGCUGUUGUAUGGCUGUAUUUCCCCUUAAAGCCUCUGAUCCAAUCGAUUCCGAGCUGAUUCCGACGGCCUCGGUCUUUGAACCCGUACUCCUCGUGUUGUGUGUUUUUAUCUUCCUCCUCCCCUCUAAUUCCACAUCUCGUUUGUAUUUUGAAGGGUUGUCUCUCGUACUUAGACGCUGUAACACUUUAAGGCUUGAGACUGUUACUCACACAACAAAUUCUCCAGUGUUAAAUCAACACUGACAGUGUUACAUUUAACACUGGUCCAGUGUCUAUAUGGGUCCAAACUUCUCAGUGUUAAAUUAACACACUUAGUGAAAAGCCUUAUUUGCAUAUUUCCCAGAGUGCCUUAUCUUUCGAGUGAAUUGUAGAGUUACCACCAAUGACUGUAUUUGUUAGUGACAGAGACAUGGUUUUUGGUGCAUUCAUCUAUUUUCAGUCCUAUGAAGUGAUGGGGGAAACAAAGCUUCCUGAAGCAUUGAGCAUUUCCAGCCAAUUGUGUCAAAAAUAGGUUCAUUACUUGAGGCUUUGAUCAACACAGUGUACACUAGUGGUUCCUGCUGGUCAAAAUAAUUUAGAACAGCCAAAUUAUUAUAGAUGAUGUCUAUAAUACCAAACCAAUCAGGUGGUUGUUCGACGAAACGGCGCUUCGGACGUCAUUGAUCACGUGCUUCUAAUAAAGCGAUACAAGCAUCGGCACACUGCUUCAAACUAAACAGCUUAACGAAUUCUACGCAUGCCUUGGAGCUCCGGUAUCAAAUGUAACAUCACUAGUCCUUCACCAAGUGAAAUAGUAAGGGAAUAUGUUACCGAUUAAAUUAAACACAUUACAACAAGUAUUUAAUAAGGCCUUACUUUGAGGGCCUAGUUUUACCCUAAUACGAUUACCUGAAAUUCAUAGUUUUCAGGCCUGCAAGUCACAUAACGACGGCUUGCAAAGCGAUAUAAUUAGUGUUGGAAACCAGCCAGAGUAGGGAUAACCAACAUUCAGAACUUUUAUUCAUCCACAACCUGCAUUCAGAAUGACUGCCGGGUUGGAAAAACUAGGAUAUGAGACUACCUAAAGCAUCUAAACUGGAACAACCAUUUCAGUAACGGGUGCAAUAAGUCAAAGUAGCAGAUUGGAUUAGUCUAGAAAAAAUAUUAUUCAUAUUUGAGUAGCAUAAGAUUAAUUAAUCAAUCAACGUACAUGCAAAACAUAGAUAUUGAAACAAACAAUUUUAAAAAAUCUACCUGCAAUAGAGCAUGCUGGGAAAUAUGAUAAUGAGGGGCGUGGUUUUGAUUUUACACUGGUUAUAAACAUCAACACUGGGGAUAUUUUACACCACUGAGUGUUAAUUAAAAAUUUACAAAGUUAAUUUAACACCUGAAUCAAAACUAGAAAUGUUACACUGAAAAAUUUACAUUAGGUAACACUGGUCAAUUUGCUCUGUAGUGAAUCACAGAAGUGCCUGUGAAUGCUGUAGAUUCUAAUGCGUUUUUUUGUGUUAUGCAAACAAUAAAAAGACAGGGGAGAGAAACAGGCAUGUCACUGAGACAGCAGUAUAGUAUGUAGGUUCAAGUAUUUGGGGGCAUACCACUGUUAAACCUCUGAACAGGGGUGAUCGGUUAGCAGUGAAAUUGUCAAACACCUCCCCCUACUGACUUCUAAUGUGGGUAUUUUACACUGUGAUGUUAAAAUGUGGUUUAUUAAUUGAAAACUAAAUCUGAUCGUUCUUCCUUCUUUCUGUCCUCAGGUGGGCGGGACCAUGUACAACACGGGUCGCCACGUCUCACUGCGAAUGGACAAGGAGCACCUGGUGAAUAUCUCUGGUGGACCAAUGACGUACAGCCAUCGCCUGGAGGAGAUCCGGCUACACUUCGGCAGCGAGGACGGACAGGGCUCUGAACACCUUCUCAACGGACAGGCCUUCUCAGGAGAGGUAUGAGGGCAAGUGACUUAGAAUCAGAACUAGGUGCCUAGUCUGGUCUAGUGGUAACGCUUCCGACUCCGGAUCACACAUGCCCCCUCGGCGGCAGGGGUUUAAGCCAGUGAAAUGUAAUCCUUUAAAAGUUUGUAUUCUGUUAACUCAUACCCAAAUAAUGUUGUUGACGUGUCCUAUACUCGUAUUUGUGACCAAAGCAUAAAGAGAUAAAACACUUCAAAACCCAACCUCAAACUUCUGUCUCAAACAGACUGUUUAAAAAAUGCUUGCUAUUUCCUCAUAGAACAUGAUGCCAUGUUGGCUCAUUGGCUGAUAUGGCCAAUCAGCAGUCUACUUGCAUUCAUAUUUUUUUAUGACCGGUAUAUGCCCACACCAUUCUGUUGUUUGGGUAGGCUAACACCAUUCCAACACAGAAAAACACAGCUGCUUUUUAACUUACUGAAUUACCAUUUUUUGGAAGGAAAAAUAAUGAACCAGUAUCAGUAGAAUUAGAAAAACUUUAUUGUCAUCCAGCAUCAUGGAUAGGAUUCAGACGAGAUCCAGCAGACAAAAGCUAUCUUAAUUAGCAGGGUGUUUUGAAGAGGCUUCCAAUCAGCUCCUGUAUACUUGAUAAUUGUAUUUUAAGUUCUGAGUCACUCACCACGCACCACACACACCAGCCAUAAUAACAAUAACCAAUUUGUGGGCUAACAGAAUAAUUGUGGGCAUGACAGACAAAUUCAUUCUAAUUAAUGAUUAUCAUUUAUUUUCCCACAGUGGCUGGCGAGCCGAUAUUCAAAUCCUAAUAAAACAAGUGUUUAGCAUCCACUGGAGCUCGGAGGGAUGUGACCCAUGUAGGGGGGAGGUUGGCCUCUCGCUCUGCUCGCUGUUUACCGUGUUGUUGUUGCCUCAUCGCGGCGCCGGUGUUUUCACACCUUCAAGGGUUUGUUUUGAUUUCAUCUGUUGCUACAGAACAGAAGAGAAGAAAAGAGAAGAGUAGUUGCUGGCUGCUCUUUGUUUGGUCAGCGUUGUGUUAUGAUGUUUGGAGUGCAGGCGAGAGAGAGGGCCCUGGAGAGAUCUGGAGAGGAGCGUAGGAUAGCUGGGCUGUGUGAUCUGAAACAGCUAUGUUCUCUAACCGAAGUGUUGUAGCUACACAUGCAGCAAGUGGAGGAAGGGUAGGUCUACAUAGUCAGUGUGGUAAAGAAAGGAGAUGGUGUGUGGUUUAAUUGUAACUGGCUUCAGUGUUAUCGUGUCAAUUUAAACUAUACUUAGCAUACUGUAGGUUUGAGUUAGUGGAUAAAUUAAACCUCAAAGCCAGAGAGAGAGAGAGAGAGGAUGAGGGAGGAGAGGAGAGGAAAGGUAGGUUGCACACAGAUUCCCAAAUCUUGGUCUUUCUGACAUGUGUUCCUCGCUUGCUUAAAUAAUUGCCAUCCAAAAAGACACCAGCUACACCACCACCCACCACCUACCCCCCUACUCCCCACCCACCUAUCCCUCCUGGAACCAAAGCCAUGACUUAAAGCUCCAGCAGUAGGCUUCAAAAUGGAAAUUGAGAAAAUGUUAUUUAGCCUACAAAUGAGCAGUGGCUGUGCAUGCGUCCUUGAAAUGAGAACAAAGAGGGAAAAUAAUCAAACUUGAAAAGCAAAACAUCCAUCUGAAAAACCCGCCCGUGGGAGAGAGGUGGAAAGGGGGAUACAGGGUGGGCUUAUAAUAAUAAUAUGCCAUUUAGCAGACGCUUUUAUCCAAAGCGACUUACAGUGUGUGCAUACAUUUUUACGUAUGGGGAUCGAACCCACUACCCUGGCGUUACAAGCGACAUGCUCUACCAAUUGAGCUACAGAGGACCACAGGGCUUCAUUGUAUUUAAAGGCAUUAACCCUCCAAAGUUAUGGUUUUACAACUCCAUCUGUAUCGUAUAACCUUGCUUUCUUCCUCACAUUUGUUCCGGCUUGCAGAAAUGGUGUGCGUUUGACUGGUGUUGGAUGUUGGGGUUCUAUCAUUCUCAGCUCCUAUCUGUAAAAAGCACCCCAACACCUCUGGGCUAGGCUAACAUUAUGUACAGUAUGUGCUGUAGGGCUGAGAAUUGCCAGGGACCUCACAAUAUUAUCACGAUACUUAGGUGGCGAUAAGAUAUGUAUUGCGAUUCGAUACUGCGAUUUUUUUAGCGAUUUGAUGUUCCAAACAUAUUGCUCACUAUAUGUCUGCUGCAGAGAGACAAGAGAGUUGGCUCACUAUUUAAAAAGAAGAUGGAGAACAAGCUAUCGGUACACUUUUUAUUUUUACAAAUCGAUACUUCGAGUCAAAGUAUCAAUAUAAUAUCGUCCAAAAUAAUAUUGCGAUAUGUAACUGUAUAAAUUUUUUUCCCACAUCACUAAUGUGCUGUGCUGUUCUGCUUUGUUCCCCUACCUAGAGCGCCUUCACUGUCAAUCCAAAAAUGAAACACCUUGGACUUAAUACGUGCUAAGAUAUUCCAGAUAUUAUUCUAAGACAAAUCUGAUUUCUUGCGUUUCGCUAUAAGCCCUCACCCUUUGGUUUCCACCUUAUAUGCAAGGUGUUGGUUUGGAGACCUAUAAUUUGUAAGGUGAUAUGGAACAGCCUGACACUAAGUAUGGACAGUGUAAAACUAGCGGACAGGCUAAAGCUGUAUAUGGGUGGAUCUAUUUUCAUGUAGUCUGAGUGAAAAAGUAUAUAUUUUUAGGAGAAUGAGCAAGCAAAAUGUAGGUCAUUCUUAACACUCAAAACUCAAUGUUGAGUCAAUUUUGAUGGCAAUUUAGGAGACAUAAUGAGAAUGUUUUGAUAGAAAAAUUUACCACUUUUGGUGUUGAUUUGAGUGUUGUUAUUUAAGUACUUUUUCUUCUUUUGCUAAUUAUCAUUGAUCACAGAAUAGCACAUUUGCUGCUGCAGUGCAGCUCACUGGUUUAGCACCCAGGUACAUUUCCUCAUUAAAAUCACAUUAACCAUUUUGAGUAACACAGAAAGCAAAACUUGUAAAACGUGAAUAAAAACAAAAUCUGUAAAAUUUAAAACCGAGUGCAUUCCUUUCCGUCAUGUGCAUUCUAACUGUUCCAGAUGUUGAGAAUUGUCACUUUCCUUUCCCCUCAAUUUGAAUCUCAGAGUUCCUUUUCAGUUGGAGAAUGUUUGUUGGUUUAUUUUCUAACAGAACGAUCAACUGCACAUUCAUGGAGUGUGUGUGGGUCACACCUCCACUAAGAGAGAGAGAGAGAGAGAGAGAGAGAGAGAGAGAGAGAGAGAGAGAGAGAGAGAGAGAGAGAGAGAGAGAGAGAGAGAGAGAGAGAGAGAGAGAGAGAGAGAGAGAGAGAGAGAGAGAUGAGAAGCAUCAACAAGAAAUAGAAAGUAUUGUUGGUGGUUAUGUUAAAUUCCCCCAGCCUGGCAGUCCUGUCCUGUCCUCCCCAGCUCUGUGGCUGUAAUCAGGGGCUGAUCUCCCUGUAGUGUGCUGUGCUUGUCUGUGUGUUAGCUUUAUGAGACUACGGCCCAAUUCAUCCAGAGGAGGAGGGAGAAUAAUUUUCAGACCAGCGCCUUUCACUCUCCCUGUUAGCACUGUCCACCUCUCUUCUGCUAUCGACUUACUGUCUUCAUAUUUCCCCAAACCCAGGCCUAGCCCAGUCAUCACGCCAUAAAGAGCCUGCCAGAGCCCCACUCCAGAGCAAUGCUGUCUGGGCACGCAACCCUGACACCUCUUUCUCUCUCUUUUUCUCUUGUCCCUCUCUUUCACAUACAAACACUCUUUCUUUCCAUCUCUCUCUCUUAGUCUCUAUCUCUUGUUCUCUGUCUACACAAAUUAUCUUUCUUUCUCUCCACUCACUCUCUCUUUCUCUCUCCUCUCGGCCCAGACAGAGUCUCUCUGGCUCUCAGGAUAACAGUCAAAAGGCAGAACACCUGGGGUUAGAGUGGGAAACUAAUGGCUGAUGACAGGAAAUUCCCCAUUUGCUGUUUCUGUGUGGCCAUGCAUGCGUGUUUGUGUGUGUAAGAUCAUGGUUGUUAUUUUACUCCUUUACCCCAUCCUUUGUAUGUUUCUCUCCCCUUUCACUCUUUCUCUCUCAUUCCCUGUCAUUACUACUUUUCCAGCCCUCCAGUCUGUCUGUGUGUUGCUCUUGGCAGUGUCUGUGAUGUACCUCCUCUACAGUUCACCCAGGCCUUCGCCUCUCGCAAACUAAACUUUCUACCAAUCUCCUGCUGGGGGAGUUGGGGAGCCUGGCUCUCUCUCUCACCUCAAAUAUCAUCUAAUCACUUCCCAUCAACUUGAUUAUUUUUAUAGACGAGCUGUUAGAGUUCUGCUUAACUACUAUCCUCCGACAAUUUCUUUAUCGAUAUUGCUGCCUGCCACCAUGCCAGGGAACGGUGAAAUGGGAGGAAGAGGGAGAAAGUUCUGGAAGAUCUGGAAAAAUGUCAACUUCUUAGUUAUUUGUAAUCAGAUCAGGAUUGAUUAAUUUGUAGUUGACAUAAUAUAUAAUAUUACAUUCAAAUAGAGAUUAUGAUGUCCUCUUAUCCAAUUCUGUAUUCAAACAUGUAUUGUACUACCCCAUAAGUAGCCUACUCUGUAUGGUGUGAUGGAAGAUGGAAGGGAUCUGAAACAUUUGAGAAAUUAUUAAAUUAAAAAAGGGUAUUAUUGUCAUUUUUAGCAUAUCAUUCAAACUGAAUCCUUCCUGAGUCAUAGACAUAUAUGUGGUAAAAGAAACAACCACUAAACUUUUUAUAGGUUAGAAAUGCAGCGCGACUAGAGACUCAGACAACAACCAAAUACGGACUCAAGGUCCAGCAACAAUACCGCUAACUCAAGAAAGACUGAGGAGAGGUCAGGAAGAAUGUAUGGAGUAGAAUCAACUUCUGAAUAUUUGUUUAUCUGCAAACACACAGCAUCUUUCCACUUAGUGCAAAAUUCAAGCGAAGUAGAAAAUAUGUGAAAUAAUAGUCUUGUGUGAGAACUUUUUCCACAGUUUCUUUGGGUUUCAGAGAAAUCAUAAGUGCUUGGUGAAAGACAGUGUGGGCUUCUCUUUGAAUAGUUGUUAUUGUAUAAGUCACAAUUUGAGCUAACUGUGCAUAGACAAAGCCCACAUAAACACAUCAUUAAGAACCUGUAGAACCAUAAAAGUGUGGGUAGAACAUUACUGAUGCCUUCCUGAACACGACUUCAAAAGGCUGACAAAACAGAAGAUAUGAACAGUGGAGGCCAACCAUCCCUGGUUUCAGAAGAGUUUGUAGGUGUGAAGGCGUUUGUUUAAGAUGUACCUGAUUCAUCUUUGCUCAGCAGAACUUUAUUAUGUGCAAAAAGCUUUGUUAGUGCUGGGCUUGAACAGAAGCCUGCACACAGGAGCUCCUCAAGACCAGACCAGAUGACCAUUAAUACAGUCUAUACAGUGCCUUCGGAAAGUAUUCAGACCCCUUGACUUUUUCCACAUUUUGUUACGUUAAAGCCUUCUUCUAAAAUUGAUUAAAUUGUUUUUUUCCGUCAUCAAUCUACACGGAAUACCCCAUAAUGACAAAGCAAAAAACGGUUUUUAGACAUUUUAGCAAAUGUAUUUAAAAUAAAUAAAAAAUCAAUAUGACAUUUCCAUAAGUAUUCAGACACUUUACUCAGUGCAUUGUUGAAGCACCUUUGGCAGCGAUUACAGUCUUGAGUCUUCUUGGGUAUGACGCUACACGCUUGGCACACCUGUAUUUGGGGAGUUUAUCCCAUUCUUCUAUGCAGAUCCUCUCAUGCUCUGUCAGGUUGGAUGGGGAGCGUCGCUGCACAGCUAUUUUCAGGUCUCUCCAGAGAUAUUAGAUCAGGUACAAAUCCAGGCUCUGGCUGGGCCACUCAAGGACAUUCAGAGACUUGUUCAAAAGCCACUCCUGCGUUGUCUUUGCUGUGUGCUUAGGGUCGUUGUCCUGUUGGAAGGUGAACCUUCGCCCCAGCCUGAGGUUCUGAGUGCUCUGGAGCAGGUUUUCAUCAAGGAUCUCUCUGUACUUUGCUCCGUUCAUCUUUGCCUCGAUCCUGACUAGUCUCCCAGUCCCUGCCGCUGAAAACAACCCCACAGCAUGAUGCUGCCACUACCAUGCUUCACCAUAGGGAUGGUGCCAAGUUUCUUCCAGAUGUGACGCUUGGCAUUCAGGCCAAAGAGUUCAAUCUUCGUUUCAUCAGACCAGAGAAUCUUGUUUCUCAUGGUCUGAGAGUCUUUAGGUGCCUUUUGGUUAACUCCAAGCGGGCUGUCGUGUGCCUUUUACUGAGGAGUGGCUUCCGUCUGGCCACUCUACCAUAAAGGCCUGAUUGGUGGAGUGCUGCAGAGAUGGUUGUCCUUCUGGGAGUUUAUCCCAUCUCCACAGAGGAACUCUGGAGCUCUGUCAGAGUGACCAUCGGGUUCUUGGUCACCUCCCUGACCAAGGCCCUUCUCCCCCGAUUGCUCAGUUUGGCCAGGCGGCCAGCUCUAGUCUUGGUGGUUCCAAACUUCUUCCAUUUAAGAAUGAUGGAGGCCAGUUUGUUCUUGGGGACUGCUCUACAGACAAUUCCUUUGACCUCAUGGCUUGGUUUUUGCUCUGACGUGCACUGUCAUCUGUGGGACCUUAUAUAGACAGUUGUGUGCCUUUCUAAAUCUUGUCCAAUGAAUUGAAUUUACCAUAGGUGGACUCAAAUCAAGUUGUAGAAACAUGUCAAGGAUGAUCAGUGGAAACAGGAUGCACAUGAGCUCAAUUUCAAGUCUCAUAGCAAAGGGUCUGAAUACUUAUGUAAAUAAGGCAAACAUUUCUAAAAACCUGUUUUCGCUUUGUCAUUAUGGUGUAAAAAUAAAUAAUUUAAUCAAUUUUAGAAUAAGGCUGUAACGUAACAAAUUAUGGAAAAAGUCAAGGGGUCUGAAUAAUUUCCGAAUGCACUGUAUGUGUGAGGUCACUUGAGAGAGAUGUGUUCCUGACAUUUGUUUUUUCAUCUCCAGGUUCAACUUAUACACUACAACCACGAGCUGUAUACAAACUACACAGAGGCAGCCAAGAGCCCCAACGGACUGGUCAUAGUGUCUAUAUUUAUGAAGGUGAGUAUGACAUUCUCACUUUGA